UUCUUUUAUUACAUCACCAUUUUUUAUUCCAUGUUUGGUUGUCUUGAAGGUUAUUUUUUUUUUAAAAACUAGCUGAAAAUACAUUUGGACAUUUUUUCCCCUUAUUCUAAUAUUUGUCAAAAUGAAAAAAACGGAGAGCAAGGAGCAGAAAUUGGGCCCCCAAUGUUACCGCAAUUAUAUGACUCUGGCUGUGAGGUUAUAUCUUGAGAAAAAGUACACACAAGCGAUUCACUUCUUUGGGGAAGCUUUAGAACUUUCACCCGGAAAUAAACACUGCCUUGUGGCUCGUUCAAAAUGUUAUUUGAAAGAAGGAAGGCCUGAUAAAGCAUUAAAAGAUACUGAACUUGCUCUGCAGAGCGAUAGUGCAUUCCCCGAUGCUGUGUUACAAAAAGCUGAAGCUUAUUUUCAACAAAGCAACUUUGAGGCGGCGCUCGUUCAUUUCCACCGUGGAGUCCAGUUUCAAGUCAACCAGGAAAUGUUCAUCAAAGGAGUUUAUAAAUGUGAAGAAGCAAUUCUAAAUGCAGUACGAUGGCUGGACAAAGUGAAGAAGAAGAUUGGUGAGGAGACUACAGACGAGGAUAGAACUGACACCAAAAAAUCAGAAGAUAAAAAUAUGACUAGCGUAUUUGUCUUUGAAAACGAUUCCACUUUACCCAGUGAAGAUAAAAUGUGGAUUCUUUUGGCAGAAUUGUACGAAGACAAGAAAUUUUUGCAAAAGGUGUUAAGAAAAAUAGACUGCCGAAGAGAACACGGGUGGCUAUCAAAACUGGUUGUUAUAAACCAAAUUGUGUAUUUUAAUAACCAGUCCAAAUUCUUGUUGGCCAAAAUGCCUGUAAUAGAAAGAUUGAAACAAGGAGCGCGUUCCAAGCUGGGUGAUGAUUUGCAAGAAAUAAAUCGAAUCUACAAAGCUAAGAAAUUCCGUGAAUGCAUUGAUAAGUGUGUGAAUAUAUUAAAUACUUAUUCGACAAAAGAACUCGGAAGUAAACAAAGACAUUUAGCAGAAGUGUAUUCGCUAAUCGGAGCUUGCUAUUUAGAAAAGAAAAUGAUGGAAGAAGCACGAAUUAUUUAUAUUAAUCUAUUGGCCAUUGGAGAUUUAUUAGAUGACAGCGAGAUUACUUUGAAUGCAGUGAGUGGCCUCAUUGUGACCUACAGCGAUGAUAAAGAAUAUAAGAUAUUUGUAGAUGUUGGAGAAACCGAUAAUGUCGGUAUUUCGGAACUACAAGAAAUAUGGUUCAAUUAUCGACUUGGUCUUUUGUAUCUCGGUGUAAACAACGAAAUGGCCAAGAAAUACAUAAGUAUGUGCAUACAAUGUGCUGAGACAGGUAUGAAUAAUUAUUAUAUUACACACAGUUAUGUGCUAUUAGCUUGUGCUGAUGUUCGAACGAAGAACUUUAAAGAAGCUCUGAAAGACAUCGAAAAUUGUUAUGAAUACUUUAAAGAGGAAUCAACAGAUGAUUCGGUAGCACUCCAGAAUGUUCUGGACCUAUUAAAAGUUAUAGUAAAAGAAGAAGCAGAACGCGAAGAGGAAGAAAGACAGUUAAGAGAAUCAAGGGAGAAGGAUGAGGUAGAACGUUUGAAAAAAGAGCAAGAAGAAGCGGCGGCAGCUGCAGCAGCAGCAGAGGAGGCGGCGGUAGCAGCAGCAGGAGAGGCAGCUGCGGCAGCAGCAUUAGCAGCAGCAGAAAAGGCAGCGGCAGAGGCAAAUCAACCACCAGGCACGGCCAAAGGAGCCACAGCCGAUGCAAGAGUACCAUCAGUAAUGACCGAAGGUACGGAAGGGACAUCAUUUAUAACCGAAACUGAAGGUAUGUCAUUCAUAACCGGAGACCCAUCACUUAUAAGCGAAGAACCCUCCGUGAUAGCCGAAGAAAAGCCACCAAAGGAGGAAAAGCCACCAAAGGAGGAAAAGCCACCAGUCACGAGCGAAGGAGAACCAUCAGUCGUAACCGAAGGUGAAGUCUCAGGAAUAACUGAAGGUGACGAAGAACAAUCACUUAUAACCGAUGAAGACAAAGUACAAUCAUUCAUAACCGACCUUGAGGGGAAAGAGCCUUCAGUCGUAGAAGAAGGAGCUGUUCCAACAGCAGAACAAGAGCAACCAUAACAGGAAACAUACUACUAGUUCAUAUAUAUAUUUAUACUCACAAAUUUAUAUACAUACAUAUAAUAUACAAAAUCGCGGUGUUAAAUGCAUACAGCAACCAGAACUUUUUUAUAAUUAACACUGAGAAAUACUAUGCUAUUACAUCUUUUGGAUUUUGGCUUCAAUAUAUACGUAUAAAUGUUUCAGUAUUUU